CCUUUAAGAUUUUUAUCUCAUUCACUGAUCAUGGAACCUCAGUGGAACCCAACUUCUUACCCCCAGUCUCGCUCUGUCAUCUUCCUGCUUGUGGCCACUUCCUACACUUGGCUCCUACCCAUUGCCUCCCCUCAGAGAAUCCCCACAGACCCCCAGGCGGCUCCAGAAUACGCCCACUCCAUCCGACUGGAUGGCGACAUCAUCCUCGGCGGAUUGUUUCCCGUCCACUCACGGGGGGACCGUGGCACACCCUGCGGGGAGCUGAAAAAGGAGAAGGGUAUCCAUCGUUUGGAGGCCAUGAUGUUCGCCAUCGACCUGAUCAACAAGGACCCUGAGCUGCUCCCUAACAUCACACUGGGGGCCCGGAUCUUAGAUACCUGCUCUAGGGACACGUACGCGCUGGAGCAGUCCCUGACUUUUGUGCAGGCCUUGAUAGAGAGGGACGGCUCUGAUGUCCGCUGUGCCAACGGAGACCCUCCGAUCUUCACCAAGCCGGAUAAAAUUGUAGGGGUGAUAGGAGCCGCGGCGAGCUCAGUGUCCAUCAUGGUGGCCAACAUCCUGCGUCUGUUUAAGAUCCCACAGAUCAGCUACGCCUCCACAGCCCCGGAGCUGAGUGACAACUCCCGCUACGACUUCUUCUCCCGCGUCGUGCCGCCGGACUCCUACCAGGCCCAGGCCAUGAUGGACAUUGUCACGGCGAUGGAGUGGAACUAUGUGUCCACCCUGGCGUCGGAGGGCAACUACGGCGAGAGCGGCGUGGAGGCAUUCGUCCAGAUCUCCAGAGAAACUGGUGGUGUAUGUAUUGCUCAGUCCUUGAAGAUCCCCAGGGAGCCCAGGCCAGGGGAGUUUGACAAGAUCAUCAGACGCCUGCUGGAGACCUCCAAUGCCAGGGCCAUCAUCAUGUUCGCUAAUGAGGACGACAUACGACGAGUUCUGGAUGCAGCGAAAAGAAACAACCAGACAGGUCACUUCCUGUGGGUGGGUUCAGACAGCUGGGGAUCCAAGAUCUCUCCCGUGAUUGGCCAGGAGAGAGUGGCUGAGGGAGCCAUCACAAUUCUUCCCAAACGAGUGUCUGUGGAUGCGUUUGACAGGUAUUUCCGUAGCCGCUCACUUUCCAACAACAGGAGAAAUGUUUGGUUCGCUGAGUUCUGGGAGGAGAAUUUCAACUGUAAGCUGGGGAUGCAUGGCAAACGGCCUGGUAGCCUCAAAAAAUGUACAGGUUUGGAAAAAGUUGGUCGUGAUUCCAGUUACGAACAAGAAGGGAAGGUUCAGUUCGUGAUGGAUGCGGUGUAUGCCAUGGCCCAUGCUCUGCACCGCAUGCACCGGGACCUCUGCUACGGCUACCCGGGUCUCUGCCCUCGCAUGGCCAACAGCAUCGAUGGCAAAGAGCUGCUCAGCUACAUCCGUGCUGUCAACUUCAAUGGAAGUGCCGGCACACCGGUGGUGUUCAAUGAGAAUGGAGACGCUCCAGGAAGAUAUGAUAUCUUCCAAUACCAGAUCACCAACAGAUCUACUGCGGAGUACAGAGUCAUUGGUUCCUGGACCAAUAAACUACACCUGAAAGUUGAGGACAUGCGUUGGAGGACGGGUGACCCAUCUCUCCCGGCAUCUGUAUGCAGCAUCCCAUGCCGUGCGGGUGAAAGGAAGAAAGUGGUUAAAGGUGUACCCUGCUGCUGGCACUGUGAGCGCUGUGAGGGAUACCACUAUCAGGCUUCAGAGUUUACCUGUGAGUUGUGCCCAUAUGAGAUGCGACCUGAUACCAACCGCACCGGCUGCGUUCCCAUUCCCAUCAUCAAGCUGGAGUGGCAUUCCCCCUGGGCUGUCGUCCCUGUCUUCAUCUCCAUGCUGGGGAUCAUCGCCACCUCUUUCGUCAUUGUCACUUUCGUUCGGUACAACGACACCCCCAUCGUACGAGCGUCAGGCCGGGAGAUGAGCUACGUGCUACUAACAGGAAUCUUCCUGUGUUACGCCAUCACGUUCCUUAUGAUCGCAACGCCGGACGUGGGGGUCUGUUCAUUCAGGAGGAUUUUCUUGGGCUUGGGGAUGUGUUUCAGCUAUGCAGCACUGCUCACCAAAACCAACAGGAUACACCGCAUUUUUGAACAAGGGAAGAAAUCUGUAACAGCACCCAGGUUCAUCUCCCCCGCCUCCCAGCUCGUCAUCACCUUUUCCCUCAUCUCGGUUCAGCUGAUGGGUGUCUUCAUCUGGUUCGCGGUCGACCCACCUCACACCGUCGUGGACUACGGCGAGCAGCGGACCCAGGACCCCACAUCGGCGCGUGGCGUCCUCAAAUGCGACAUCUCUGACCUGUCCCUCAUUUGCUCCUUGGGUUACUCCAUCCUGCUGAUGGUGACGUGCACAGUUUACGCCAUCAAGACGCGAGGCGUUCCCGAAACCUUCAAUGAGGCCAAGCCCAUCGGAUUUACCAUGUACACCACCUGCAUCAUCUGGCUGGCGUUCAUACCCAUCUUCUUUGGCACGUCACAGUCUGCAGAGAGGAUGUAUAUCCAAACCACCACCCUGACCAUCUCUCUCAACCUGUCUGCUUCGGUGUCUCUGGGAAUGCUGUAUAUGCCUAAGGUUUACAUCAUCCUCUUCCACCCCGAGCAGAAUGUACCCAAACGAAAACGCAGCUUCAAGGCCAUUGUGACAGCUGCCACCAUGUCGGGGAAACUGACCCAGAAGGGAGGAGACCGGCCCAACGGAGAGGUGAAGACUGAACUGUGUGAGAGCAUGGAGACCAACACUUCAUCAACUAAGACGACAUAUGUCAGCUACAGCAAUCAUGCCAUCUAA